AGAAAGUAGCGCCAGCGCUUAUAAAGUGACGCUUUGUUUUGGUAUUUUUUGCGUCUCUUUUUGAUAGUUUUUCGCUUUACUGGACAGGCAUGCACGUGAGAGGUGGUUGUAUGGGUUCUAGCAGCGUUUGUUGUAGCGAUGGCUACGGCGGUUGUAAAGUUUCGUGCAUGAUUGUACAGUGUUCUUGCGUUGCAUGCCUGAUACAUGACGUUUAGAUGUUCUAUGGAAUCGCCGUCAAGUUGUAGCACGAUAAUUCUCUGAAAGCCUGCGACGAUGGCUGCUGUUUUAAAGAAACGAGCAUUGGCCGAGUUUAGUCAAGUUCUCCAGGAGGAGCCGCCUAAACCAUUGAAGAAGUUAUGCAUAUCCAAGAAGCCUGCACCUCAAAGAACUGUCGAUGUCGCCGAAGUUCUGCAGUCCGGCAGCUCGUCGGAUGUGAUCAUGAUGUUGAUCCAGUUAUCGGAGUGUCUGCCGAUACAGUCUGAAGAGGUGCAAAGUGUAUACAAGUCCUUGCUGGAGCACUUCUCCAAUGAAAAGGAGACAACAGCUCGUGCAAAGCUGUCCUCUGUUCUGGGUCAGCUGGUGUGUCGGCAAGGGGCCCCUGAACCUGCAGCAGCAGUUGAAGACCUCGCUGCCCUGCUUCGUGCAGAAACCUCACAUGCCGUGUUAGCUGCCCUGGUUGACUCGCUGCACUGUGUUGGCCUACACGCACACAGUGACAAGCGUGUCCAGCAAAAGGCCAGCCAACUGGCCAAGCAGGCACUGUCGGAUGGAAACCACAGAGUGCAGUGCAAGUGCUUGCGCCUGCUAAGCGACUUGCUCCCCACAGAUGGCCGGCCUGAGGCGCUAACAUCAUUGCUCAGUGAUUACAGCCGCCACCAGGACCCUCGCGUCCGCACGGCAGCCUUCCAGGCCAUGUACCGUCUUCAUGAUCGUGGCCUGAAGCUGGAUGUGAGCCUGUAUGAACAUGUAACGACCGCCUUGAAUGACGACUAUGAAAGUGUGCGCAUAGCUGCCCUGAAGCUGGUGCAAGUGCUAAGCCAUGCAUACGGCAACAACCAUGUGCAAGUACGGAACAGCCAGGAGCAAAUCCGACUAGCAGAUGACGCUUUUGCCAAGAUCUGCCAGAUGGUUGGAGAUCUUUCCAUGAGUGUGCGCAUUGAAGCGGCCUCAUUGAUGGGCACCAUGGGCCACGUGAGCCUGCACUUCCUGGAGCAAACUCUCGAUAAGAAGCUGAUGUCAAAUCUCAGGCGCAAACGUUCAGCGCACGAGCGGCAACGCGAGAGCUACGAGAGUGGCGAGUGGUCUUCAGGCCAACGAUGGGCAGAUGACGCACCUCGUGAGGAAGUGGAUGCCCAGAGUGUUAGCCUUAUGGGCUCGGGGGCCUGUGGGGCGUUUGUACACGGCCUUGAGGAUGAGUUCCUCGAAGUACGACUGGCAUCUCUGGACUCCCUAUGCCGCCUGGCAUUGCAGUUCCCAUCAUUCGCAGCCCAGUCCCUGGACUUUAUUGUGGACAUGUUCAAUGACGAGAUUGAAGAGGUACGGCUCAAGGCCAUUCAGUGCUUAGGCCGCAUCAGCAACCAGAUAGUGCUGCGUGAGGACCAACUGGAGACCGUCCUUGCUGUGCUCGAGGACUCAUCAAUGGACAUCCGGGAAGCCCUGCAUGAAGUGCUGGGUGGCUGUUGCCUGUCGACAAAGGCAGGCCUCAAGGCAUGUGUGGACGCACUCCUGGACAAUCUAAAGCGCUACCCACAGGACAAGCGCUCUCUCUGGAGGUGCCUACGGUUGCUGGGGCUGCGACAUCCAUACCUGACAUUGCCGUUGGUUCCUGAACUCCUGGGCAUUCAUGCAUUCUUUGACCUGCCAGAGCCUGAUGUGGAGGAUCCAGCUUACAUGAGCACGCUGAUAUUGGUGUUCAAUGCAGCAGCAGGCUGUCCAACCAUGGUGCCUUUGUUUGAGGAGCACACAUUACGGCACUACUCGUACCUCAAGGACUCCUUCCCCAGCUUGGUGCCCCAGCUUAAGCUUCCAAACCAGCAGAGUAGCCCUUCAGAAGGAUUGGCAUCUUGCUCUCUGGCACAGUCACACAGUUUUUUGCACCAGGCACUUGAACGGGCAUCAGCAGCUGAAUUGCGACACCCUGCUGCCAGGCAGGGGUGGCUUGAGACAUCCAUUCGGGACCUCCAGAGGCUUGCAGAAAUAGAGCCCCAGCUAACAGCAGCUGCUAGCUGUGCCAGCUUGUACCUGCGAUGUCAGCUACUGUUUGCCAAGAUCCUGUCCAACAAGAGCUGGCUCAACCUGUCUGCAGCCUCACCCUUGCAGAGCAGCACUUUGAAGUCUCUACUCGAGCAGCUGCUGCAGCAGACAUUUGUGCUGCAACACCAGUUCCUGGGCCUUGAGCGAGCAGAGGAGGGCGCCCUGCGGCAGCUUCGCUUGCGGGCACUUGCCCUGCAGCUAGUCGUUGUCAUCCGCGGCAGCAAUGCUUCAGCUUUGGGGCUUUGUGAAGCCUUUCUUGAGCAGCUAGAGAACCUUCAAGGGUUCCUGGAAGUGCACAACCUGCAACCAGAUGCAUUCACGGCUGCCAUGCUUCGUGAGGUGGAUGCACUGGAGGAGCCCAAGCCUGGAGCUGUGGCACGUGUGUUGCAGCCCUUGCUGCAGGCGCAUGCCUGCCCCACGCUGCGUUUCUGCUCUGCUCCGACCGGGGCCCAACAAAAUGCGGGGCUGGAGCGCAUUAAGCAAACUCGGGCUGUCCUGUAUGAGCCUGCUGGAGAAACUGACCUGCCACAGAAAUUCACGGCUGGCCUCGUGCUGGCAAUCACCCUGGAUGCCGAGAUAGAGAGUGUCCAGGACAUAAGGAACGUUCGUGUGAAGGUGAGGUAUCCAGACAAACAGGUGCAGCUCAUACUGCCUCGGCUUGCCGAUUUCAGGCAGUUGGAAGAUCUCAAGUACCGGCUCUACACAACUGUGUUACUCUCACAUGGUGUCUGGUCUGAGGCACUGCACGUCGAAAUGGGCCUGGUGCUCGACUUUGCUGACACCGAGGUUCACAGCAAGGGGGCCCAACGGUCAGGCCUUGGGCUUCGCUCUGAGGACCACACCAUUGAGCUGUGCAAGCCUGUGCGCGUCUACAUUGCACCAAAGCCUAUCAAGAGGGGACUAUGACUGAAUGUACAGAUUGUUAUUAAUUAAAUGUUUUCUCAUGCCUG